AUGGAAAAUAGCAAUCUCACAACGAUGAAUGAAUUCAUUCUGCUGGGCAUCACAGACCGCCCUGAGCUGCAGGCUCCACUGUUUGUGCUGUUCCUCGUCAUCUACCUGACCUCACUGGUGGGCAACCUGGGCAUGAUCGUGCUCACCCAGGUGAACUCCAGGCUGCAAACACCCAUGUACUUUUUCCUCAAACACCUGGCUCUCACUGAUCUUGGUUAUUCCACAGCUGUGGGGCCUAAAAUGCUGGUGAAUUUUGUGGUGGAUCCAAACACAAUCUCCUACUAUUGUUGUGCCACACAACUUGCUUUCUUUCUUGUGUUCAUCAUUUGUGAACUUUUCAUUCUGUCCGCAAUGUCCUACGACCGCUACGUAGCCAUCUGCAGGCCUCUGGUCUACACUGUCAUCAUGUCCCACAAAGCAUGUCGAAUGCUGGUAGCAAUUCCGUACCUUUACAGUAUAUUUGUUUCCCUUCUAAUCACCAUAAAAAUUUUCACUUUAUCAUUUUGUGGUUACCAGGUCAUCAGCCACUUCUGUGACAGUCUCCCCUUGUUAUCUUUGCUCUGCUCAAAUAUGUAUGAAAUUGAAUUGAUAAUUUUGAUCUCAGCAGGUUUUAAUUUGGUUUCCUCUCUCGUGAUACUCCUUGUCUCUUACCUGCUCAUCCUUGUAGCCAUUCUCAGGAUGAACUCCGCAAAGGGCAGGCACAAAGCAUUAUCCACCUGUGGGUCCCACCUGACCAUGGUCACAGUGUUCUACGGGACUUUGAUAUUCAUGUACGUGCAGCCCAAGUCCAGUCACUCCUUUGACACGGACAAGGUGGCUUCCAUAUUUUACACUCUUGUUAUUCCAAUGUUGAAUCCCUUGAUCUAUAGCUUGAGGAACAAAGACGUGAAAUGUGCCCUAGACAGGAUGUGGAAGGAUGUAUGCAGUGUUUUUUCUUAA